GGGUCGGGGCAAACUUGGUGCCUCAAGCGAGUGGGUACGAGUGAAGAGUGGUUGCUGCUGGAGGACGGGAGUGAGAUUAAAACUUGAUUUAGGAGUUAAAGGCAAACCAACAAGAACAUCCUAAGCAUUUUUACUGUGAAGUAACGAUAGGUCGAGGAGCUGGUGUCACUUACCAGCUGAUGUCAAAAUCUUGUCCAUUGAUGAUCUCUCGGAACCACUGUGUUUUCAAGCAAAAUACUGAUGGCCAGUGGACAGUGACAGAUAACAAGAGUCUAAAUGGUGUCUGGCUGAAUUGUGAACGCAUUGAUCCAUCAAGGGCCAAUCUCUUACAUGAAGGUGACUUUAUCCAGUUAGGAGUGCCUUUAAAGCACAGAGAAACAGCUGAGUAUGAAUAUACACUAAUAAAGGAAGAAUGGAAGAACAUUAGUCCUUUUUUAACGCUGAAAAAUGACCAGCUGACUGAGAAAACUAAGGACAUGAAGGGUAAACGAAAAAUAAGCUUUGAGGAAUCGGAGGCAUCUGGAGCAGAAGGGCCUUCCAAUUCCAAAUCCAAAAGAGACAGAGUAUCUUCUGAUAAUGACUCUUUGGGGAGAUGUGAGGGAGGCAAGACAGAACUGUCUAAACAACCAACAGAAAACUUGGAUAUAGUGCUACUUCCUCCAAAACCAAGCAAGAAGGAGAAGAAGAAAAAUCACUGUGGCACUGCUCACCCUGAAUACCAUGACUUACUCAUCUCUAAGGACCAAAAAGCCCCAAAUUUGGCACAAUCUUGGAAUGGUUUGGAACAAAUAAUGAAAACUCUGGCAGAUAUGACAAAGCUAAAAGCCAUGAUGCAGGAGAAACAAGCAGCAGUCUUGAAUGUGAGACAAAAACCCAAGUGUGCUCCAAAAGAGAUCCAGGUUUUGGAGCAAGAGUUGCAAGACUUACAGGACCAGUUAUGCACUAAGCAGGAGCAUCAGCAACAGAGAGUGGAACAGCUGGAAAAGACCUUCUACGAAGAAAUGGAGGGAGCAAAAGAAGAACAAGGAGAAGAGAAACUGAAGGAACAGCUGGCGCAGGUCCUGGUGCAGCAUCGUGCUUUGAUGGAAGAACUGAGCCGUAGUAAAAAGGAUUUUGAAGAAAUAAUUAAAGCCAAGGAUAGAGAGUUGAAAGAGACCAAGGAGGAAAAGGAGAAGGCAAGAGCACAAAAGGAGGAGGCUUUGAACCAGAUGAAUGAUGUACUGGAGAAUGAGCUGCAGUGUACCAUUUGCUCUGAACACUUUAUUGAGGCUGUCACUCUAAACUGCGCACACAGCUUCUGCUCCUACUGCAUCAACGAAUGGAUGAAGCGCAAGGUGGAGUGCCCGAUAUGUAGAGGGACGAUAUUGUCGAAGACACGGUCACUGGUUCUGGACAACUGUAUCGAUAGGAUGGUAGAAAAGCUAGACGCUGAGACAAGGCAUCGGCGCCUGUCCCUUAUCCGAGAGCGAAAAGGGAAGCAGGUUGUUCCGGCGACGGCAGCAUCAGACAGUGAGAGCAGUAGUCUCACUUCUACCUCGGACAGUGAGAGCAGUAGUAGUAGUACCUCAGCAUUAGACAGCGAGACCAGCAGCCUUACGUCUGUGCACUCCAUCAUGUCGAUAAGCAGCUAUGAAAGUGAUGACUUUGAGGGGGACUCCGAUAGCCGACCCAUCAUCUGAAGCAUCUGCACUGCACCUUUGCAGCCAUUUGGAGUUGGCUCAGGGUGCUUUCUGGGACAAUGGAUGAUACGCUUGGGACAAUGAAGAUGAAAAUUGUGGAUUAAAAGGGCUUGGCAGGGUCCUGUACUUUUCUUAAAUGGAUGUAUGAUAUCCUCCUCUGAAGCAAAUGACUGAAAAUUGUAGGACUCAAAUGCAUUUUUUCACACUAGAGCCUUGCUGGCUAAACAUGUUUCUGUUCUUCCUAUAAAAAUUCUGCAAGAGAAUGCACUACUUAGCUUGAAUAACUACUUCCUUCUUAAUAGGUAUUACAGUGCCAGCUCAUCAGCUAAAUAACUAUUUAAGUAUAUCCUGAUACAACAUAAUGCUUGCAGUUUAAGCAUGACUUGUGGUUUCUGAAGGAGAAUAAGGAUAUUGAGUCUACAGCUAUUACAACAACAACAUUUAAUUAUUAAGAUUAAAUUUAUCCUACCCUAAACCCCAAGGAGUUCUGUACUUAGAUUCCAAGAAAAGAAUCUAAAGACACAAUGCUACGCAUGUUUAGACAGAAAAAAGUCCUGGAGAAUACUGGAAGUUGUAGGGCUUUUUUCUGUCUAAACAUGCGUAGAACUGCUGCCUUAAUCAGUUUCCUUCAAGCAUUGUUGCUAAAAUGGAACAAAAAUAGUCAAAACUAGCAGUGUUUCACAAGGUGAGAGAGGUCUGGCCUGUUUUUGAGCAACUAGAGUGGCAAAGUGAAGAAGCUGCAUCUCUGACCAAACAGGUGACCGUUACAUAUUUAUCAGUGUUCACAGAGCGUUGCUGGUAUAUAACACUAAAGUUUGCAACAACCCAGAUUCCGUUUUGGGGGAGGGCUGUAGCUUCAAAUUAACAAGCAAUGGACUAGGCCGUUUUUCAAUUUGGUUGGUAUGACUUAAGGCUGAAGUUAAAAGGUUCAUGUUAUACAAAAGGAAGAAAAACCUUUUAUGUCUGUUUAUGCUUUUUUAUAAGCUAAUAUCCAUCUCUCAUGUUUCUAAGGAAAUUAAUGUGUAGACAGCCUGCAGCUCUGUCUGUACAGCCAGUUGAGUCUGGCUCCCUUUUAUUUUUUGGCUUUGCUGCUAAAGAUUACUUUCAAACUCAAACUGGGCAUUUUAAUGUCACUUAAUAUGCUCUCUUGCAAAUAGUUGUAAGCCACCUCAGUAGUUUACUAUUGUCAAUAAAUUAUUGCAGCAGGUUCAUAAAUUCCAGGAUUUUGUUCAGGCUACUCAGCCCUGAAAGUAUUGGCAGUAUAGUUGCCUGCAACUGAUAAAUAAAAUGCAGGGGCAGAUACAGCAUCUUUGAUCUUGGAUUGUAGCAGUAUUCCUGUGUUAAGUUUUGUUAUAAAUUACACAAUAUAAUAGUUUUUUUAAAAAAAAUCCUAAAGUGACAAAGUGUCCUCCUACCAAGAAAUGCAUGCUCAUAAAGAGUGGCUUCUCAAACAUCCAGUACCCGAACCUACCCAGCCCAUGAACACUAACUUGCUAGUUGGACUUCUUUGAUAUUAGGGUGUACCAAGCUCUACUUGAUCAGAACUAUUUGGAAGUUGUAAAAGUAAUAUUCAGAUAUGUCAUUCCUGUUAAUGUUCCCUAGAUUAAUAUCACCUCUGCAAAGAAAAGCCAUAUGCAUAUUGUUAUGUGACAGAUGGAGGUGUCUCUUUCACAGUAUGUACAUUGUGAAAUAGACAGGCAUAUAUUUGUCACAAGUGGCAGUGUACAUUUUGGUUUUGUAUAACGAAUUGAUAUUUCUGGUGAAAAUUGUAGUGGGUGAAGCAGCCCUGUCAAUCAAAGAGGGGUCAAACAUUUGCUUUGGGAACCAGUGGCCAAACCAUUUAGUGGUUUCUUGGUAGAAGCAGCUCCUAGUCCUAUCAAAAAAUACAAUUCCACUUAUCAAUUGGCUCUUGCUUUGGUCUUAACAUGGUCAGGUCUAUCCUUAAGUGCUUUCCUGGUGUAUCAAUUAUUUAAAAUUAUGGGCUUUCACGGAGUGAGAGUAUAGAAGACUGGAUUUCCCAUAUCAAUGAGGUUUGCUUAUAGAGCAUGUUUUUGUUUUGGAGUGCUUGCGGGUGUUAUCCAUCCAUCCACAAACUAAACUGGAUAUUUCUGUGGAAAAGAUGAAUGCACCUCUCCAGAGUACAAAGAUUAGAGACAUUUCAUCUAUCAGAUGUUUGUUAAUGUUGUACAUCUCUAUUUUUUGUCUUCUAUUUUGUCAA